AUGUCGUCCGUCAAACAACGCCCAAUUGUGGUCAAUCCCGACGUCGGCAAUGACAGCAACGGCAGCGCCGCUCCCAACAACCCCCUCCAAUCAAGUUUCAACGCGAACGACGACGGCAGCAGCAUCGACUCGGACGAACGGUACUUGUGGCACGCCGGUAUCUGCGCUAUUGUCCCUGCUCACCUCCCUUCCCUGUAUGCGACAGGAGUGACGUGCACUCGGAUACAAGCAGUCUCUGCACCGGCAAUGGAAGUUCUUCGAGAGCUUUGCAGCCAGCUUUGGUUCGUCAACUCGACACUCUGCAGCAUAUGGCACGUACUGACCGACCAAGCGGCGCUUUACUCCGUUGGUGGCAUUCGGACCACCUUCACGAUCGGUGUUGGUGCUGGUGGACCUGCUGCAUACUGGUCAAGCUAUGUCGUGACUUGCGUCUUCGUCUUCAUUACGGCUGCCGUGUUGGCUGAGGUCUGUUCUGCGCUUCCGGCUGCGGGAUCAAUCUACUUCUGGGCAGCCGAGUCUGGCGGACGUCGAUGGGGCAGACUUUUCGGCUUCAUCGUCGCCUGGUGGAGCACAACAGCAUGGACGACCUUCGUCGCAAGCAACUGCCAAGCCGCCGCGAAUUUCUUGCUUUCAGAGAUCACCGUCUUCGGUUUAAACUUCACAACGGACGUAAACGACGUGAAGUUCCGGGCUGUGCAAUGGAUCGUCUCGGAAGCCAUCUUGUUCUUGGCCAUCGGUAUGAAUUACCUGGAUCCGAAGACCUACAAGACCAUCUUCCGCCUUGCAACAGGAAUAAUUCUGCUGGACUUCUUCCUCAACAUCAUCUGGUUGCCGAUCGCUGUGCACAACUCAUACGGGUUUCAGGAUGCGAAAUACGUCUUCACGCAGACCUAUAACGAGACCGGUGCGCCACCUGUGUGGAACUGGAUGCUCAGCUACUACGUUACUGCCGGCGUAUUGGUCGGCUUUGAAGCGUCUGGCCAUAUCUCCGAGGAGACGAAGAAUGCCAGCUCAGUUUCCGCGCGCGCUAUCUUCUGGUCCGCCGUUGCGUCGGCGCUGAUCGGCUUCCCGCUGGUCAUCUUGUUCCUGUUCUGUCUACCAAACUUGGAGACGCUGUACAGCUUGGACGCACCUCAGCCAUUCGUUGAGAUCUACGCUAUGACGAUGGGCCGCAGCGGGCACGUCUUCAUGAACGUUGUUUGCAUCGUUGGUCUCAUCUUCAACACCACCGUUGCCGGCGUCGCAAGCUCACGCUUGAUCUGGGCCGUGGCCAGAGACGGCGUGCUUCCAUUCUCCGGUUGGAUCUCCAAGGUGUCGGACAAGAAGGAGCCCAGGAAUGCCAUCAUUGUCAUGCAUGCCGUUGCCGCACUCUUGCUGUGCACCAUCUUGCCGUCACCAGUGGCUUUCACUUCCUUGGUCUCGGCGGCUGGCGUGCCUACCAUCACCGCGUACGCGUUGAUAGCGUUUGGACGAUUUUUCCUGACACCGCGGCAAUUUCAGCAUUCGCCAUGGAGCCUGGGCAGAUGGUCACGUCCGUUCACCCUGAUCGCGUUGGUCUGGAACCUCUACCUUGCAUGCGUGCUCUUCUCGCCACUGGAGUUCCCAGUCACAUCGCAGACAUUCAACUACAGCCCGGUCAUCUUUGGUGCCAUCACGAUAUUCGGCCUGUUGACGUACUUCCUUACGCCGGAGGAAGCGUGGCUGCCUGCUGCGCGUCUAGGCAAGGUCCAUCGGUUGGAGGAGGAGUGGCAGGAAUAG